ACAGGACCCAGCCUGCUCUUCAUCACCUACGCCGAGGCCAUCGCCAACAUGCCGGCCUCCACCUUCUUUGCCAUCAUCUUCUUCCUGAUGUUGAUCACCCUCGGCCUGGACAGCACGUUUGCAGGCCUGGAGGGGGUCAUUACCGCCGUGCUGGACGAAUUCCCCCACGUCUGGGGCAAACGGCGGGAACUCUUCGUGUUCCUCUUCAUUGUGACGUGUUUCAUGGGCUCUUUGUCCACGCUGACUUUUGGAGGGGCCUACGUGGUGAAACUCUUUGAAGAAUAUGCCACGGGGCCGGCCGUGAUCGCCGUGGUGUUUCUGGAAUCCAUCGCCGUGGCUUGGUUCUACG